CGUCACUUCCGUCUCUCUGAACAUCCGCCGUGUUCUUUGUUGGGAGAAAGAAACGCUUCAACACGCGUCUCCGCUUCCAUUUUCUCACACAUCCAACUGCUUGAUUAAUUUCUCGGUGCUAAUUUGUCAUUAAAUCUUUGUGAACCUGACCAACAAUGGAAGACAAGAAAGCCAAUGGCGACGGUAAAUAUCUGCCAGAGUUAUUGGCGGAGAAAGACAGCCUGGACUCCUCGUUCACCCACGCCAUGAAACUGCUUGGCGCAGAGAUCGAGAGGGUUCAAAAAGGCGAACCAAAGAAAGAGGCUGGAGAGACGUAUCUAGAUCUGUUCACCGCCAAGAAUGUCCGUGUAAAGGAGCGAGUGCUCAUUCCUGUCAAGCAGUACCCACGGUUUAAUUUUGUAGGCAAGAUUCUGGGGCCCCAGGGAAGCACAAUUAAACGUCUGCAAGAAGACACGGGGGCCAAGAUUUCAGUGCUGGGAAAAGGAUCCAUGAGAGAUAAGAACAAGGAAGAGGAGCUGAGAAAGGGCGGAGAUCCAAAAUAUGCCCACUUGUCCAUGGAGCUGCAUGUUUACGUUGAGGUUUUUGCCCCCAUUCCUGAUUGUUAUCUGCGCAUGGCACACGCUAUGGAUGAGGUCAAGAAAUUCCUGAUGCCUGUGGAUAACAUUGAUGAGAUGCACCAGGAUCCCUACAUGGAUCCAGGGUAUCUGAAUGGAUCUCAGGAUGUUCCCGGUCAUGCCAGAGGAGCCCCCCCAGGCAGGGGGCGUGGUGGACCACCACACCCUAGGGGACGCGGUAUGCCCCCUCGUGGCGGAGGACCCCCUGGCGGAGCUCCAAGAGGAGGUCCAGGACGAGGAGCUUCAUCGAGGGGGGGCUCUGCACAACGUGGUGGUCAUCCAUCCGCCGGACCAACCAGGGGAGGAGCAUCCGCCCGGUCGAGACCGCCAUCAUCUGCUCAGAGAAUGACACCUGCACCUGCUCUGUCCCACCAACAGCAGCAUCAUCAACACCCACAGAAACCCGAAGGCUACCCUGAAUACGCCUAUGACGAACCGUACCCAGAGGCAUCUUACGAGGGAUAUGAUGGCUACUACAGCCAGCCUGCUUCUCAGCCAGACACAGAAUACUAUGAUUACGGUCACGGAGAGGCACCAGAGACUUACGAGUCCUAUGCUGAAGAUGAUUGGGAAAACAGUGCUUGGAGUGGUAGUGGUGGAAAGGCAGCAGCAUCCCGCCAGACUAAAUCUUACCGGGAACACCCAUACGGCAGAUACUGAAUGCUGCUCGUCACUGUGGUUGCCUGGGCAACCUCCUCCUCUUCUAACCCCCUGUAACCAUCAAAAAAGUAAUUCUAGUUGUUUUUGUCUGUAUACAGUUUUAGUUCACAUGCGUUUGGUUACUUUUAUAUAGAAUGCUAAACAAUAAUUUUUAGGUUUGUGCCGUGGUUAAAUUCUCUUUACCUUUGUUUUUCUCAUUGUUUUUUUAAAAAAAUGUUUGCUCGCUGAAAAAUGGAUAAUCGAAUGCUAGAUAAUUAGCUGAUUACCACAUGAUAAAAAUGAUUUGCUUUAAAAAAAUAAAAACUGCCUGGCAAUGUUAGCUUGCUUAGAUUUGUUUCGAACACUAUUUUUGUUACGGCAAAACAAAAAACACUUAGAUCCGGAUGCAUAAAAAUACUAGUUCCUGUACAAACCAACCUGGUUACAAAUUUCAUGAAAAAUCUCUGGUUUAAAGCUUACAUUUUCUUUAUAAUCAGUCCAAUGGUCAUUUUCCAAAACCUUUUAAAAUGUCAAUUAUUUUCCAUAUGAGAUAGUUAGUUGUCUUUACAGGAGCAAAACCAGCUGUGCUUUUUCGUUUUACGUUGAGUCAAGUAAAAGUACUGGCCACUCAAAGCUUUGUGCAUACUCUAUCCGAAUAUUAGAAAGUUUUUGUUUUGUUUAUAACUUGGCUGUUAAAAUAUUAGAAUAUUUGUGUGCAUUGCCUAACUAGGGACCUAAACAUGUCAAAAAAUGUUUCCCUAUCCAUGUCAAUAAAGCAUCGUUUUCUUUUACAGCCUUUAAAACGUUGUAUUUGACUUUUGUUAUUAUCAAAACUGAAAACUGCAUGAAAAUUCUGCAAAACAAAGUUUUACUGCCCUCAUGCAUAACUGUUCAUCAUGCAAAAUAUAUUGUGUAUAAACCGUUGCUAAAUAGUACAGUGAGGAUUAUUUGUAAUCUGUUAGAAGUCACACAAUGACGUCUUGUACAGGAACAAUUGACAUCAAAAUCGAGAUAAAGGUUUUAUUUGUUACGUUUGUCUCCAAAUAUGCAAAAUUUCUCUGCAAUAUAUGAUCUGCAACAAACUUAAAGGGGUCAUAUCAUUAAAGUU